UCAAAUCAUUCGUUCAAACAUGACGUUUUCCGAUUAGGCUAGCCAGUUUUUUGUUUCAGUUUGUGUAUAAUACUAAAAUCACUCGUUUAUCUCUAAUGUAAUGUAGUGAUUAGUGUUCCUAGUGUCGAAUAAAACAACUAUAAUCCAUUACGCGGACCGUGCGGCAGGUUUGAUUUUCCAACAUGACGGAAACUCGACGACAGCAACUGCAUCUUGGUAAAUGCAUCGAAGAUUUGGAUAAACUGCAUAAUAUUCCAGAUUUGAAGUCGAAGAGAGCUACAGCGUUAUGCAAAACAGCGCAAAAACUUUUCGAGAGCGCAACAGAGGCCCGUGAGAAGGGCGAUGAGGAGUACUCUUACGUGUGCUACAUGAAGUACUUGCGGGUUGUGGCGUGCAUUAGCAAGGACAAGGACUAUUUGAAGGACAAGAACUAUUUCAACCAGAUGUUGGGGACCAAGAACCCAAAUAAGGCUAUUGAUGCAGCUGAAGAGCUGAAGAAUAGUCUGAUUGACAGGUAUAACCAAGAACAGAAGAAGAAGCGGCUGAACGACAUCCAGGAGAAUGAGGUUAUCAAGCAGAAGAUUGAUGAGAAUCGGAAGAAAGCGCUGGAGGCUGUGCCAGCACCUGAGCCGUCUCAGCCUUUGGGGUUGCCAGGUCUAGAUGAGGUGACCAUCAAAAGCGAGCAGCUAUACAACAUCCUCAAGAGUGGGAAGAUGAAGGUGAUGAUACUGGACGCUCGGCCCGGCAAGGACUACAUAGAGUCCCACAUCAACUGCCCCUCCUGCAUCAGUGUGCCCGAAGAAAGCAUUUCACCAGGUCGUUCAGCACACAUCCUAGAACAGAAUCUACCCGCGCCUUCCAAACCUAUCUGGGCAACCCGCGCUUCUAUGGAGCUCAUCGUGAUGUUAGAUUGGAGCAGUACUGCUGUGAUCCCGGGGAACACGCUCCAUCUCCUGAAGGCCAUCUUGUUGAAGUGGGACGUCAAAGUGCAUUAUCCGCGUCCGCCGUUAGCCCUGCACGGCGGCUACGAAGAUUGGCUUCUUCGCUAUCCGGCCCUCACAACCAACCCGCAGCCUACGCCGAGGGCUAAAGCGCCUAAAGACAUGCUAGGUGAAAUCGACUAUCCAGUGUGGGCAGACCUGACCCCAGCCCCGCCGCGACCGCGGGCGUCGGAGCCCGCCGUCGACCGCAGCAGCAAGGCCGCCGCGUUGCAAAAGUACGAGGAGCGAGCUCGCAACAUGGCACAGAUAAUACAACAACAAGAACGCUUAGCUGACACCUCGCUGACACUCGAAAUGCAAAGGAUAGAGGCGGAACAGGAUUGGGAGAAGACGCACUUCCAACGCGAGACAGAGGAGCGGGACGACGUGCGUGCACUAUACAAGAUGCGCGAACAGGAGAUUAUCUCGCAGCUCAUGCAGUUGGAGAACAAGCAGUUUGACAUGGAACAAGAGAACCUGAGCCUCCGCCAGCAGUUAGAGGAGUACCAAAGAAGAGAGCGCGUCGAGGCCGAAAAGAUGGCCGAGUCCAUAGUCACCGAUGAUGCCAAUGCGGACAAGCAACGCGUAAUCGCCGAGCAAGCCGCACAAACGCGCGAACUCGCUGCCGCGUCCGCUCGCAUCGACGCAGUACGAGAGCAGCGCGAGGAGCUAGACCGCCAGCGCGAGGCGCUAGAGCGGGAGAGGAAGCGGAAACUGGCCCAGGCGAGAGAGAAACGGAAACCUAUCCUUGAUAAGGAUGAAGACGGCGACACGUACAUGGUGUCUCCCGACGACGGCCCCGCGGGCUUAAACCGGUCGCAGUCCUCGCCCAACAUAGCCAAGCAGGUAUCAUCAGAUGAAGACGAGUCGCCUCCGUCCUUCGAUCGCAGCGUCAAACCCACCAAAGUCAUACCCAGAAACCAUCAAAGAGACUUCCAACCGCAAUGGGGCGAUGUGGGCCGCGGUCUUACCGGCUUGAAGAACCUUGGCAACACAUGCUACAUGAACUCCAUCAUCCAGUGCCUGAACAACACCGCCAUCUUGUGUCAUUACUUCUGCAACGGACAGUACAUGGAGCAUGUUAACAGGGCGCACGGAACGCGAGGAGCGAUCGCAGAAGAGCUAGCAGCGGUGGUGAGAGCGCUGUGGUCCGGCCAGUACCGGUACAUUGCAACCAUCGACUUGCGGAACGAAGUCGGGAAGCACCAACGAGCAUUUCGAGGUUGCGAGCAGCAAGAUUCCCAUGAAUUUCUGACAAUUCUAAUGGACUGGCUUCAUCUCGACCUGCAGUUCUCCAGCAAGCCUCAAAUCAAAGACAGCCUCCCGCCCUCCGAAAAAGCGUGGCACGAGUUCACCAAGUCCAAAGAGAGCUGUAUCCUACGGUUGUUCUACGGACAAAUCCGAUCCACGGUCAAAUGUACGGUGUGCGGCAAGCAGAGCGUCACGUACGAGUCCUUCUCCAACCUGUCUCUGGAGUUACCCGCCAACGCCAACCGGUGUACGCUUAGCGACUGCCUAAAACUGUACCUAAACGGCGAAACGAUCCCCGGCUGGAACUGCCCCGGCUGCAAGGAAAAACGGGACGCCGUCAAAAAAUUAGACAUCUCCCGUCUCCCUCCCGUCUUAGUCAUCCACUUUAAACGCUUCUACGUCGACCCCAAGGAAUACAUGGCGAAUGCCUACAGAAAGAAACAGACUUAUAUAGACUUCCCACUCGAAGAUCUGGACAUGAGACAGUUCUCGCUGAAUUGUAGCCCGAAUAACCAUAUAUUUAAUUUGUAUGCUGUGUCGAACCAUUACGGGUCAAUGGAGGGCGGACAUUAUACGGCGUAUUGUAAGAGCAGCGUGUACGGCAAAUGGUACAAAUACGACGACCACGUAGUAACAGAGAUCUCCUCCAGCGAAGUAAAGUCCAGCGCAGCCUACAUUCUCUUCUACACCUCCUGCAACAUGCGCAUGUCGUGAUCGCGAGGCCGAAAGCGGCCCAACGAGGCCGGAGGUAGCUUUAGGCCUUAGGAUCACGGCCUAAUCGGGAAACUAGGUCAAGUUUCUGAGUGAACGCGUUCAGGCUGGAUUACUUUUAUAGUGAUAGCGAGGCCGAAAGUAGAUUAUGCACUCUUAUCUCUUGUCGGGGGCUAGCUAGGCCAAGUGUUUGAGACUUUGGCCAAAAACUUGUUUUGGCUGUAUAACUUGGCAAGAAUUUGUAAAUAUAUUCAGUGCUGCUUAUAUUAUUUUAAAACCGAAUUUUAAAAUCGUGAAGCCGAACUGCAGAAUCACGAGGUCGAAGGUAGCUUUAGGCCUCAGGAUAUAGGCAAAUUCAGUCAAAGAUUUUGUAUGUCUUUACUUGGCCAAGUAUUAAUUGCCGAAUCCCGAUAUAGGUCGAAACGGAAACAUAUGGACAUUUUAAACUUUUGAUUGUUGUGAUUAUUAGUACUGAUGUUAUGAAUAGUUUUUAAUCCAAACUUAGAUUGUUUAUUACCUGUUAAUUUGUAAUUAAAUAAUUAUUUGGUAUGUUGAAUGAUGAUGAUGUUGGUUUUUGGUCCCAAACUUAAUAGUUGAUUUUGAAAAUCUCCAGUUUUUGUUAGCCUUUACCUAUGUGACUACGGCGUAUAAUAUAAUGCACUUUCAUGCAUUAUGAUAAAGUUUAAAAUUGUGUACUUGCGAGGCGCUGAAAAUGGUAAAUUGUUUAACCUCUCGUCUGUGUAUGAUAAGGACCUAACUCAUCUUUCUGCGUUUUUGUCGAAAACCAUUUUUUCUGCUCGUUAUUCAGAGCGACAGGUUUAAACUCACGGUUUUUGAAACGCGAAAGGUUAAUAUCAAAGAGGAUAUAAUGGAAUAGAGCGGUAUUGUCGUAGUAAAUUUUGUGGCCACAGUAAAUUCACUGCCAUCUAUCGACACACGAUUAAAACUAAAAAUUAAGAUGUAUAAAAAUACCAUAAAAUGUAUUUAUAUAUAGAUAAAUGAUUUUUUUUAUUAGCAUUAAUUAUAUUUAUAUGAUUUUGACCUGAUUUUCACUGAUAUGCGUUUAAAUUGUUAAAUAACAAAAGAAAUCGUCAACGCCAUCUAUCCGAAGUAAAAGGUAGUGCCGCCAUCUGAUCGAGAAUCAAAUUUUCUUGAUUUUCGAGGCACGUUUUUUCCUUAGACUGUAUCCAUCUAUUACCGAGUUAUAUCUAUCUUUGGUUAAUAUGAAAGCUUGGAUAUUUUUGCCUCGAAUUCAACUUUUUUCUUAACCCGUGAAACGCCCCUAACAUAUAUGAAAUUUUGAAUUUGUAACCCUAUAAUGAUAUAGUAGGUUCUAAAUUCGCGUUUCAUGGGUUAAAAAGAUCUUAUAUAGUUUGGUUUCAAUAGCCCUUAUAGAGGGCCAGUGUGAUUUUUGAUAUGUAUAGAAAAAUUAUGGAAUGUAUGAGAUGUGAAGACUGCAGUAUGGAAACCAAACUAUGUUCGCAUGAAAUUGUUCGUAGGUUCACAGAUCUGUAUAAAAUAUAUAAAUAACUUGAAUAACAUUAGAUUUGUUCACAAGUGUGUCGCUUAACUUAACUCCUGUAAAUCCAUUCAACCCUCUUAGGAAAUAUCUACCCUAUUACCUUUUCUUAAUACCAAAAUCGCAAAACGAGCAUUCCACGGGCUGUUCGGUACAAACGCAUUUUAUUUCCUGUGUUGCUACUUUUUUUUAAAGCAGGCUAUUGAGUUGGCAACUGUCAAAGGUUUGCAGAGAUGGCGCCAUCAUAGCUUGCCCCUUUUUAGGGUUCCGUACCCAAAAGGUAAAAACGGGACCCUAUUACUAAGACUUCGCUGUACGUCUGUCACCAGGUUGUAUCUCGUGAUCUGUGAUAGCUAGACAGCUGAAAUUUUCACAGAUGAUGUAUUUCGGUUGCCGCUAUAACAACAAAUACUAAAAACUGAAUAAAAUAGAGAUUUAAGUGGGGCUCCCAUACAACAAACGUGAUUUUUGACCGAAGUUAAGCAACGGCGGGCGGGGUCAGUACUUGGAUGGGUGACCGUUUUUAUAGAUAAUGGUACGGAACCCUUCGUCACUUGGCCGGUUUUUUAUUCUAUGAGAUUUGGCUUAAAAGGCUGGCAUCCAGGGCAUUAAAAAAAGCAAAGAUUUGACACAUUUCUAGGGAUUGACAGGGCAAGCUAUGCUGGCGCCAUCUGCUAAACACUUCGACCGGCCAACCCCAUUCUGUGCAUAUUUUUGUCCAUUUGACAUAGAAAAGGAAACUCUUAUACCUGCAAAUCUUGAGAAAAUUCGCAAUUGUACGGGACAACGGUAGAUAAUUUAAUGAAAUGCUCUCUUCUUCUUUCAUGGAACCUUAGUUGGAUUAACCCGAAUUUGAAGUUAAGCGACUCAAGUGACCUCAUUGAUGUAAAAUAAAUAUCAAAAGAAUAGUAGUUAAUUAAUAUGAGGCAUUUUCUAUGAAAAGGGACCUUAUUGUCGAUGGCGCUUACGACGCACAGCGUCGCGCGGCAUUGUAUUUAUAUCGGAGCAUCGUUUAUAAUGGCGUAAGCGCCAUCGACAAUAAGGUCCCUUUUUAUAGAAAAUACCACAUAUACAGUAUCUUUACGCGCGAGUUCCGUGCAUUUUCGAUGUGCGUGCAUCAAUGGGGCAAGAGGGACCACUACAAUAAACGUAUUUUACGUUUGCCUCAUAAACUAAGUUUCUUUUCUGGUAGAGUACUUACCCUUUAUAAUAUUGUGUUAUCUGCAUGCACAAUGUGGUACCUUACGAUUGAAACUGUCACAUGGGGUAAAAGUUACCCAUAAGGCAUCAGAGAGCACUCUUAAUUCGUCUUCAACAGAACUUGGAAAUAAUGUAAACAAACCUUCAUUACAUAUUAAUAACGGGUCACUCACGUAUUUUAAGUCGAAAACGCUCCGAGGGGCGUCAUCGGGAGCUUGCGUCGACGGUGACGGACCGGCGCAGACUGCGGGCCGCAGCCCUCCGCGUCCGAUGACUCGGCGCGGGCGCCGGCGGCGGCAGGGUGGGGCGUGAGUGACCCGUUAUUAAAAUGUUUAAUAUGUCUGUGUCUCACGGAAGUUUUGUUAUUAAAACCUUCAUUCAUGGAGACUGUAUAAAGGAGCCAAAUCUCUAUGUAUGAAAAGUGUCCAUCAAAAAACAGUAACUAGGCGGCGCCACCAUACACCGAAAUACUACCAAAAACAACCUACGUAAUUUGGUCGGGUUAUUUGUUGCCGCCACUUGCGAGCACACCAGAGACAACAAUAACGGAGUUGACAGCAGUCGCCGUGGCCGAAUCGGCCGUGGGAGUUAUUAUUAUUAUUAUAUAUGGUUCAUGUUAUACUCAUGUCCCAGAGCCUAACUAGCGCCACCGGAGAGAUUAGGAACUAUUAUUUACAGCUGAAAGCGGUCAGUUUUGCAACAAUGAGGGCUAACGCGUAAGAAUUCGCCGCUAGGGGCGCUAGUGUAGAUGGUGGUCUUUUCCUUAGUUCGAAAUGUCAAAUGUCACUUGUCACUUCAAUGACUGACAGCUUUUCUAUAGUAUUUUGGACCACCAUCCACAGAGGCGCCAACUGGUGAGCAAAAAAACGAUAGCCCUCAUUCUGCCAUAAGAGAUUGGCAUCCUUUCUAUACCAUCCAUACCUUCAUUACUUCGUAAUCUCGCUAUUUACAAGGACAAUUAUGACGUUAUCAACAGUCUAUAUACUUAAAUCUUUUAUUUAUAUAAAUUUUUAGUUAAAUAAAAUGUUAAUUAUUAAUAUUUUAGCGAAAAUGACCUUCGUAAAAAUGUUAGGUUAUGUGUCAAACGCUAACAAAAUCUGUCAUAUUUGGUUACAUUAUUUGCAAGUUCUAUUGACGACAAUUUUACAUAGAGGUGACAGUUUUAAAAACUUGGUGCUAAAUUUUGAUCGUGUAGAUACCAGUAAAGCCUGACC